UGGCGGGGAGGUGGAGAGAUGGCGGCCGUGGCGGCGCCGCGGCAGGACCCGUUACGCGUGGGCUUCGUGGGCGCCGGGCGUAUGGCUGAGGCCCUCGCGCAGGGCUUCAUCCGAGCAGGAAAGGUCGAAGCUCAGCACGUGCUGGCCAGCGCACCAAGUGACAGGAACCUUUGCCAUUUCCAGGCUCUGGGCUGCCAGAUCACUCACUCCAACCAGGAGGUUGUGCGGAACUGCCAGCUGGUCUUCUUUGCCACCAAGCCCCGUGUCCUGCCCACUGUCCUGGCAGAGGUGGCCCCUGUGGUAACCCCUGAGCACAUCUUGGUGUCUGUGGCUGCUGGGGUCUCUCUGAGUGCCCUGGAGGAGCUGCUGCCCCCGGCCACGCGGUUGCUGCGGAUCUCCCCCAACCUGCCCUGCAUGGUUCAGGAGGGCGCUAUGGUGAUGGCCCGGGGCCGCCACGCUGGAGGCAGCGACGCCCAGCUCGUGCACACCCUGCUGGAGGCCUGUGGGCAGUGCGAGGAGGUGCCCGAGGCCCACGUGGACAUCCACACCGGCCUCAGUGGCAGCGGCGUGGCCUUCGUGUGUACCUUCUCCGAGGCCCUGGCCGAAGGUGCCAUCAAGAUGGGCAUGCCCAGCGGCCUGGCCCACCGCAUUGCUGCCCAGACCCUGCUGGGCACAGCCAAGUUGCUGCUGCAGAAGGGGCAGCACCCGGCCCAGCUGCGGACAGACGUGUGCACGCCGGGCGGCACCACCAUCUACGGGCUCCACGCCCUGGAGCAGGGUGGACUGCGGGCAGCCACCAUGAGUGCCGUGGAGGCCGCCACCUGCCGGGCCAGGGAGUUCAGCAGGAAGUAGGGAAGGGGCCCUGGACGUGGCUGUCCCCAGGCCCUCCUUCCCUGCCCCUUCCCGGGCACUGCAGCCCUCCCUCCCGGCAGGAGCCUCCUGGGCUGCCCCUGUCUCCACAUGAGGAAACGAGGACAGGACUGGAGGGGUUCACAGGCGGAGGAUCCCCCCAUCUGUAGGAACCCCCCCCCCCACCGUGGGGCAGAGAGCACUGUGGCGGUGGCCCCCUUCAUGGGUGACCUGGGUUCUGAGGUCCUGAGCAUUGGGAUGAGGUUGGCUGGCUGGUUGAGGCAGGAGAUGAGAAGCCUGGUGGGCCCUUCUAGCAGCUGUGUAACUGCCGCCAGCUGGGAGGGGUGGGGGUGACACACAGACUGCACAAGAGACCUGCUGCCCUCAGCGAAGCCAGCCACAGUGUCCUGUCCCCGAGUUGACCUGCCAUUAGGUGGGGCCACCCACAGGGAGCUGGGCCCCGACCAGCCCCCAAGAAGAGAAUGGGGCUGGGUGCCCUUGCCCUGGCUGAGGAGGAGCUGCACCCAGGCCCUUCCCUUGGGGAGCCCCCUGCAGGCCAGCCACAGUGCUCCAGCCAGCAGCAGGCCAGGGCGGUCUGGGAGGGCGGGCCCAGCCAGCUGCGGGACGGAGACUCGGCUUCAGCUGGCCGUGGGCCCCCCGCCCCAGCGGAGCUCCCGGCAAGCGGCAGGAUCUGGGUGAUCAGGCAGCAGGGUCUGGGUGAUUGCACCAGUGACCCCUCCCUGGGCUGUCCUGGAGGGUCGCGUGGCCUGGCCUCUGACUGCAGGACAUGGCUCUUCUGCGUGUCCCUGAAUGGAGCAGCCAGCAGGAGCCAGGAACUCGGGGUCCCAAACUGAGGCUGUGGGACCUCUGGGUGGAGGCCGGGCUGCCUGCAGUUCUCCUACUGCCCCCCCUCGCCCCCCCCCGGGAGUGCUGGAGCGCCCCUCCCCUCCCCCAGUGGCCUCCUGACACUGCGCCAGCCACCAGGUGGAGCUGGCCAGCUCUGCCACCUGCCAGCUGAGACGAAGCAGAUCGGUCCUGCCUGUAGGUGGCUGAUGGCGCCCCCCCCCCCCCGCAGAGCCUGUCCUGCUCCCACUUCUCACCCCCAAACCUGCCAACCCCCGCCUGUUAGGAGGGCCAGCCUGAGGCCAUUUCCACACCCCACUUCUCUGAGAUGGGAAUAAAGACGCCACGGUCCUGGA